AUGACACAACCUUUAUCCCCCUUAUCGCCAUCUUUUGGUAACUCUCGCACACAAUCACCUGCAUAUGCUCCGCCAUCCGCUGUCCGUCGUCGACGAGGAAUUGAUGAGAUAAUGUCGUCGACCGAUGAAUAUGAUAAAGAGAAUGGGUCUCCAAAGCCCGCAAAACGCGCUUUCUACUCUUACGAUGGUAGUGCAGAUGAUGAAUUAAUUGACGAUAAGAAUGACGAUUAUGACAGCCUCAAAACCUCCACUACUCCAGCCCGACGCAACGACAAUAACAAUAUCGACGACAUUGGCGAUGAUAUGACUGUUGACCUCAAUGAUGGUCCCCCAAGCUCACCAUUCCAGUAUGACACACGUGAUGAUACUGUGGAUAUGAACAGAUUACAGGCAAUGACCAUGUCGGCAUCGCGAAGGACGACGACAUCGCCGCAGAAGAAGCAAGGCCCGGUGAUCUAUGUUGAUGAACAGGAUCGCAUUGACGAGAUUGAUACCACUGAGCAAUAUGAUGCUGGUCGUCCAUCUAGUGGACUCGAUGAUACCACUACAAUGAGUGACAACGACAAGAAUGAUGACAAUGACGGCAGUGUGCUUCGUGUCGAACCAAAGCAAACCGAGCAUUCAACAAUUGGCAACAGUUAUAUGGAGGACAGACAUAACGAAGAAAUGAGCACGGUUGCACACCACCACUCUUCUGAAGAAAGUUCCCAUCUUGAUGAAGCCCGCGAUAAUGAUACAAUGGACGAUACCUGCUUCAGCACCUUUUCCGCUGUGCCAAACGUUGAUAUGACCAUGUUUGCCAAACUCGGGCAAUCUCCCACGAAGAAGAUCGGCGAUAUCAUGGAGUCGCCUGCGGUUAACCGGACUCCAGGGUACUACCGACGAUCAAAGGCAACAACACCGGCCACCGCUCAUAGGCGGGGCCUUAUGGUGGAUGAUGAUACCUCUCCAACCCCGCAAAGGAGGAAUCGCCCUGGCAGCGACGAAAGUGUAAACCUGCUCGACUUCAACGACUCGUUCAACUAUUUUCACAGAGUGUCUCAGCGGUUUUCAAUGUCAAGCAAUCGCGCUUCUAUGUCUCCUAGACGUCGAUCACCGUUGAAACCACGGGAUCCGAUGCGAUCUCCUGCAAAGUACAAUCUGAUAGACUUUGACAUGCCGCCUCCUGCUACACCAAUGUCGAUUCCGUCCAUCACUCCUCGUGAACUGGAAUCGUUGAAAUCUGGGUUUCUGUCUGAGAUUUCUUCUCUCAAGGCUACUCUUAGUGGUAAAGAAGCAGAGGUGGCAAGUCUCAAGCAAGCUGUUGCCGAUGCCGAACGUCGUGUGGGAGAAGCACUUGAAGAAGUUCGCAAUGAGGCGAUUCGUAAGGAAGCUCUUGAAGUGGAGCAGGCUGAGUGGGAGCGACGCGGCAAGGAAAUGGAAACAGUGUUGCGUGAAGUACGAGCCGAGAUCAUCGAUGGCGAACGAGAACGGGAACGUUUGACCAAGAAGAACGAUGAAGCAGAGCGACUCAAGGAACAGCAUGAAGGAAGAAUCGUCGAACUUGAAAGCCAACUAGCUGCUGCAAAGAAAGCUGCUGCUGCCAACCCUAGUGGCACCAUGACAAACGAUAAUGGUGACAAGAUAGGCAUGCUAACCCCCGAAGAAUCCGCAAAGGAGGUUCAAGAAGCCGUAGAGAGGGUUGCACGAGAACUCCACACGCUGUACAAGGGAAAACAUGAAACCAAAGUUGCGGCAUUGAAGAAGAGCUACGAAUCGAGAUGGGAGAAGCGUGUACGCGAAGCCGAGAACAAACUCCGCGACGCCAAUGAGGAAGUUGAGCGUCUCAAAACGGAGCGCGACACAACCAUGUCCGGACCCUUGAACCCGAACAUGAGCAUGAUGAGUGUCAUGGGUCGGUCUCGAGGAGCAAUUAUCUACCAUCAAGCGAGAUAA